AACUGAAACCAUACCAUUCAGCUACCGCAUUUGCAACGUGUUUCAUCUUUACUUAUUUGUACAGAAAACCAAUAUGGCUAAGAUUUUGGUAUUUCUCUCAGCACUCCUCGUUCUGGGAGCUGCAGCUCCUCAGAACCUGCAGCAAAAAGGGGGAACUCCAUUGCAAGAGCGCAAAACCAAGACGGAUUGGGAGCAGAUAACAAACACUAUCGAGGAAGUUUUCGGCAUCACUUCCGAUGGAAAGCAACAAGACAAACAGGAAGAUUCAGAACAAGCCGCCGACGAUCGUCACAUUGAGCGUAAGCGUGAGUUCAACGAUCGUCAACAGGAAGGCACCGGUAUGCAAAACCGCGAAGAACGCAAUCGUGAAGCAAUCGGACGUGCCCAAGGACGAUUGCCAAUACGUGAAGUACGCCGUCGACAACAAAAAUCCCGCCAGGAGCAACAACUUGGUGUGAAAAAACAGACCCAAUCGGGGCAGGAUGAUAAGCAAGGUGAAAAAGUUGAUCGUUACUACAAUGAUUUCCCACUGUACGAGUUCGCUUACGGUGUGCAUGAUCCGUCAACGGGUGACAAAAAGGAACAGUGGGAAAAGCGAGUCGGUGAUCAUGUGAAGGGAAAGUACACGCUUGAUCAGCCCGAUGGUACGAAGCGUGUGGUUGAGUAUGAGGCCGACGACAGGAAUGGAUUUGAGGCGAUUGUCAAAGAAAUCGAUCGUAUUGAUGAUCGUCAUCGAGGUGAUGUUCGCUGGGGACAUUCCGAUGCUCCUGUAGCGCAAAGUUACAGUAAGCUGAAGAAAGUGGAUUAAGGCGCCAAACGCAUGCAGAAGAAAGGGGUUUUAGUAGACAAAUAAAAAUUAUAAGGAAGGAUAAGAGAAGAUAUGAGAUGAAUGAUAUAAGUUAAC